AGCGGUGAGUGCUAGCUUUCGCGGGGACGGCCGGGUGGGUGAGGUCGGGCCCCGGGACUCGGGGUUUGCCGGGCGCCUCAGUUCGCCGCGGCCGCCUGGCUCUCUGCGUCGGGGUGGGCCCUCGGGCUGGGGCGCUGCGCGUCUGGCUCGACGCUCGGGCGGAAGGCAUGGCUCCCACCCCGGCCCUCCUCCGCGUCGCCCUUCCCCUAGAGCUGACCUCCCGCGGCGGCCUGAGGGUCGACUUUUCCACAGCCUGGUCCGAGAGAGCCCGGCAGGCCCUCGGCUGAGGGUUAGGGCUCGGUAUCUCAGGGCUCGGGGUCCAGUCCCCGCGCCGCCGCCCCCCACGGGCUAAGCCACUUUAACUCUCCGAGCCUCAGUUUCCCCAUCUGUACAAUGAAUGGGCCUCGGGAGGCAGCGAAUUCUAGGGGUACUUAACGUGAGAGGCGCUCGACGCAUGCUAAUAGGACCCGAAUCUAACCCUGCAGCAUCAGGUGGGCUGAGUCGAUGGAUCACGGGAGCCCCCCAGCCCGGCCUGCAUCCCUGAGGGCAGUGCCCCUCGCAGGCAGGUGUCUCGGCGGCCCCCACAACACAGGUACCCGGCUCUCCUGGGGGAGCCGGGACACCCUUAGCUCGGGGGAGCAAUUGGUUUCAUGAUCAACAUGGGGGACUCCCAUGUGGACACCAGCUCCACUGUGUCCGAGGCGGUGGCCGAAGAAGUAUCUCUUUUCAGCAUGACGGACAUGAUUCUGUUUUCACUCAUCGUGGGUCUCCUAACCUACUGGUUCCUCUUCAGAAAGAAAAAAGAAGAAGUCCCCGAGUUCACCAAAAUUCAGACAUCGACCUCCUCUGUCAGAGAGAGCAGCUUUGUGGAAAAGAUGAAGAAAACGGGGAGGAACAUCAUCGUGUUCUACGGCUCCCAGACGGGGACUGCAGAGGAGUUUGCCAACCGCCUGUCCAAGGAUGCCCACCGCUACGGGAUGCGAGGCAUGUCAGCGGACCCUGAGGAGUAUGACUUGGCCGACCUGAGCAGCCUGCCAGAGAUCGACAACGCCCUGGUGGUUUUCUGCAUGGCCACCUACGGCGAGGGGGACCCCACCGACAAUGCCCAGGACUUCUACGACUGGCUGCAGGAGACGGACGUGGAUCUCUCUGGGGUCAAGUUCGCGGUGUUUGGUCUCGGGAACAAGACCUACGAGCACUUCAAUGCCAUGGGCAAGUACGUGGACAAGCGGCUGGAGCAGCUCGGCGCCCAGCGCAUCUUUGAGCUGGGGUUGGGCGACGACGACGGGAACUUGGAGGAGGACUUCAUCACCUGGCGAGAGCAGUUCUGGCCGGCCGUGUGCGAGCACUUUGGGGUGGAAGCCACUGGCGAGGAGUCCAGCAUUCGCCAGUACGAGCUCGUGGUCCACACGGACAUAGACGCGGCCAAGGUGUACAUGGGGGAGAUGGGCCGGCUGAAGAGCUACGAGAACCAGAAGCCCCCCUUUGAUGCCAAGAAUCCGUUCCUGGCUGCAGUCACCACCAACCGGAAGCUGAACCAGGGAACCGAGCGCCACCUCAUGCACCUGGAAUUGGACAUCUCGGACUCCAAAAUCAGGUAUGAAUCUGGGGACCACGUGGCUGUAUACCCAGCCAACGACUCUGCUCUCGUCAACCAGCUGGGCAAAAUCCUGGGUGCCGACCUGGACGUCAUCAUGUCCCUGAACAACCUGGAUGAGGAGUCCAACAAGAAGCACCCAUUCCCGUGCCCCACGUCCUACCGCACGGCCCUCACCUACUACCUGGACAUCACCAACCCGCCGCGCACCAACGUGCUGUACGAGCUGGCGCAGUACGCCUCGGAGCCCUCGGAGCAGGAGCUGCUGCGCAAGAUGGCCUCCUCCUCCGGCGAGGGCAAGGAGCUGUACCUGAGCUGGGUGGUGGAGGCCCGGAGGCACAUCCUGGCCAUUCUGCAGGACUGCCCGUCCCUGCGGCCCCCCAUCGACCACCUGUGUGAGCUGCUGCCGCGCCUGCAGGCCCGCUACUACUCCAUCGCCUCAUCCUCCAAAGUCCACCCCAACUCCGUGCACAUAUGUGCAGUGGUUGUGGAGUACGAGACCAAGGCCGGCCGCAUCAACAAGGGUGUGGCCACCAACUGGCUGCGGGCCAAGGAGCCUGCUGGGGAGAACGGCGGCCGUGCGCUGGUGCCCAUGUUCGUGCGCAAGUCCCAGUUCCGCCUGCCCUUCAAGGCCACUACGCCUGUCAUCAUGGUGGGCCCCGGCACCGGGGUGGCACCCUUCAUAGGCUUCAUCCAGGAGCGGGCCUGGCUGAGACAGCAGGGCAAGGAGGUGGGGGAGACGCUGCUGUACUACGGCUGCCGCCGCUCAGAUGAGGACUACCUGUACCGGGAGGAGCUGGCGCAGUUCCACAGGGACGGUGCGCUCACCCAGCUCAACGUGGCCUUCUCCCGGGAGCAGUCCCACAAGGUCUACGUCCAGCACCUGUUAAAGCGAGACCGAGAGCACCUGUGGAAGUUGAUCGAAGGCGGCGCCCACAUCUACGUCUGUGGGGAUGCACGGAACAUGGCCAGGGAUGUGCAGAACACCUUCUACGACAUCGUGGCUGAGCUCGGGGCCAUGGAGCACGCGCAGGCAGUGGACUACAUCAAGAAACUGAUGACCAAGGGCCGCUACUCCCUGGACGUGUGGAGCUAGGGGCCUGCCUGCCCCCACCCCACCCCACCCCACAGACUCCGGCCUGUAAUCAACUCUCCUGGCUCCCUCCCGCAGUCUCCUGGGCGUGUUUGGCUUGGCCUUGGCAUGGGCGCAGGCCCAGUGACAAAGACUCCUCCGGGCCUGGGGUGCACCCUCCUCAGCCCCCCCAGGCCAGGUGAGGUCCACCGGCCCCAGGCAGCACAGCACAGGGGUGCCAGGCUCCACGCCUCUGGAGGCCUCUAGCUCUCGGUGGCUGCACAGAAGGGCUCUUUCUCUCUGCUGAGCUGGGCCCAGCCCCUCCAUGUGAUUUCCAAUGAGUGUAAAUAAUUUUAAAUAACCUCUGGCCCUUGGAAUAAAGUUCUGUUUUCUGUA